CCAUUUCCUCUCUCAAUCUCGCCGUCCUUUCUGCCCCCCCCCCCCUUCCUUUUUCUCUCCGUCCCUUUUCCUCUUCCUUGCUGAAGUCUGCUUACCGAAAAGGAUACAGAGACUGACUGUGGAGGAACAAGGCUAUGAUUCCUGUCAAGAAAAUCCCCGUUAACUGAAAAGUACCAAAAGUACCAUAACCAGAUAAAAUUAAACCAGUCCAAAGCAAGGCUCUGGGACAGUGACAGAAAGAGAGAGUGAGAGCGAGAGAGAGGGAGAGAGUGGGAAAGAGGGGAAGAGAAAGAGAGGGAGAGAGAGAAAAAAAGUGAGAGAUAAAGAGAGAAAGAGAGAGGGAGAGAGAGGGGGUGAGAGAAAGGGAAAACAGUCGAUGGAUGCUGCUUGGACAGAGGGGACGGUACAUUCUUCACUGACGAGGAAAAGAAAGCAGGCACCAUUGAGGGGAAGGGGAGGAACACGCCUCCAGCAGCCAUGGUGUGGUGUGAGAAGGGGAUCCAGAUCCUCCUCACCACCGUGGGGGCGUUUGCGGCAUUCGGGCUGAUGACGGUGGCCAUCGGCACGGACUACUGGCUGUACGCCCGUGCCUUCAUCUGCAACAGCACUGCCAACUCAUCCCAGGAUGACCCGCACAACAAGGACCGGAAGGACCCCGGCGCUCUCACCCACUCGGGCCUGUGGAGGAUCUGCUGCCUGGAAGGACUAAAAAGAGGAGUGUGUUCACAGAUCAAUCAUUUCCCUGAAGACGCGGACUACGACCACGACGGAGCAGAGUACCUUUUACGUGUGGUGAGGGCUUCCAGCAUAUUCCCCAUCCUCAGCGCCAUCCUGCUCCUGCUGGGCGGGGUCUGCGUCGCGGCCAGCCGCUUUUACAAGAGCAAGAGGAACAUCAUCCUGGGAGCGGGCAUUCUGUUCGUGGCCGCGGGCCUCAGCAACAUCAUCGGUGUGAUCGUGUACAUCUCGGCGGCGCUGAGCGACAUCUCCCCCAAGAAGGACGAGGACAAGAAGUGGCACUACUCCUACGGCUGGUCCUUCUACUUCGGCGGCCUGUCCUUCAUCCUGGCGGAGAUGGUGGGCGUGCUGGCCGUCAACAUCUACAUCGAGAAGAACAAGGAGCUGCGGUGCCGCUCGCGCACCGACCUGUUCAAGAGCACCACCCACGCCAUGCUGCGGCUGCCCAGUUACCGCUUCCGCCAGCGCUCCCGCUCCAGCUCCCGCUCCACCGACCCCUCGCACUCCCGCGAGGCCUCGCCCGUGGGCGGCGGGAAGGGCUUCGGCCUCACCCCCUCCGCCCUCCUCUCGCAGGGCACCGUCGGGCCCAUCUCCGUCUCCACCCUGCCCAACCCCCACGCCCACGGCCACUCAGCCCUGGGGGGCGACAUCUCCAUGUACACCCUCUCGCGGGAUCCCAAACUGGCGGGGAUGGGGACCCUCGGGGGCCCGCCCAUGUAUGGGACAGUGGACAGGGCCACCUUGUACCAGCUGCAUAAUUGCUUCCCGAAGGAGGGCGGCGGGGGCGGGGGCGUCAUCCUCAGCGGGACCCUCCCCUCCCUGGCCAAGUCCAAUAACCCGUCAGCGGCUCAGAAUUCCUCCAACAGCAACGCGCCCCUGAAUACCUCGUCCUCCGCCCCCUCCUCCCAGCCCCCGCCCCUCUCCUCGUCUACGAUGGAAAGAGACAGGGGCAUGAGCACCCUCGACAGGCUAGGGAAGGGGGAUAGGGAGAGCUCCAAUUCCAAUACCCUGAAUAGGAAGACGACGCCAGUGUAGAGAUACAGGGAGGGAGAGAGAGAGAGAGAGAGGAAUGACAAACACGAACAGAAGAGAGACAGGGGGAUAGAGGAGGUAGAGAUUGGGAGGACAGAUGAAGAGCAAUAGGAGGAAGUCCAUACCCUCCCUCCUCUCUCUGUCUGGGUUUUAACUAGCAUAAAUAUACAGUAUUACUGAGGAAAAAAAGAUUAAUAAUGACAAGAAUAACAACAACACUAUUAUUGAGUAUUUUUCAUUACUUUUAAAACUACAUGUGUGGCUGUAAAAGCUGAUAUCUCUGGGUUAUUAUUUUUCUUUCAUUCUGAGUGCUUUAUAUUAUUAUAGAAGACAUCGUAAAUUUUGAAUAUGACCAUAUUACUGUUGUUGUUAUUGUUGUAAUUGUUAUUGCUGGGUUGAUCUGUGAUUGCAAUGUUAAUUUUUGAAUUAUAGUUUCUUUUUUUUCUAUAUUUUUUUAUUUAAAAUUGAGGAAACUGUGAUCCGUUGCACAGUGACACAAAAUAUAAUGAUGUCAUUAAGUGUCAAGCACGUGUGCAUAUAUGUGAGAGUGGAUUUUUAAAUUAUGAUUAUUAUGAUUCUUAAUCUUCUUAUUUUUCUUAAUAUUAUUACAAAUAUUGGUAAUAAUAGUUUUAUGUUUUCAGAUUUACUUUGGUGAAACUGUUUAAAUUCUUACCUGUUUAUCCCUUUUUUUUUUUACUUUUGAUUACUGGCUGACACAGUGAGACUGAGAAACCAUUUGAUGGACAGAAGAGAUGUCAUGGUUUUUAUUUCAAUUGAUGUUAUUUAUUUAGUAGUAGUAGUAAUAUUCUAAUUGUUAUGGUUUGAAGUUGAUGUAAUGGGGGGAGGGGUGCAGUAUGAAUAUUGAGGGAUUACAUGAAAUUUACGUAUAUCUCUAUUACACUUUAUAAUUUAUAAUGAGGGGACAAUAUCAAUGGACUUCACCAGAAAUAAAACAAACACUAUUAUUUAAUCAUUUAAAAAUGAUAUACGAAAAGAAUAUGUGUGGAUUAAAAGUUUUAAAAAAUAAAUAUUUAUAUCAUAAUUAUGUACAACUAUAUAAACCUCUGUUUUGAUAUAUGGAUAUUCUGAUGGUCAAAAGUAAGUUGUUUGAUGGAAUUCUUAGGGGAUUAUAUAUUUGGGUUGAUUAUAUCAUGUUGGUAUAUAAACUACAGGUACUACAGUGCUUGGUGAGGUAUGUGGAAUAUGUUCUCUCUAGUGCUCUCUACUGUGGCCUCUGCUGUGGGGGAAUGUACCUCCAUAUGUAACUCCACUACCAACAGAUGGACAGUUCUGCAAUGCAGAGUGAGAAAGUCUCGAAAUACGUAUUAUGUGCUGAUAUAAUCAGGCAAAUUAUAUCCCAGUACUCUUGACCAUAAGUUUAUCUUCAGGGUAAUACAUGCAUACAUAAACGUUGUCCAGAUGUUUGAAGAAUGUCUUAUCUGACAACUGCUCAGACUGGUCCGGAAUGCUAUAUUAUUGUGUGGAAAUUAAUGCUACCAGAAUUGAGACAGUCUGCGUGGCACUAUGGCAGCGUAUAUGUGUGUAAAUUCAGCAAAUAUAGUUAUACAUAGAUAUUAUAUAUAGAUAGAUAGCCAAUAUCUAUCUAACUGUGUGGCGAACAAAAGAGACUGUAUUGCAUGAAAUUUGUACAAAAAAAAGAGCGAAAACACAA